AUGGGCAGACUUCAAGGUCACAACCCCUGGCACAUUGUAAUUGGAAAAAACCGUGCCAGAUUGACUGUACUGUGGAAUGCGCUGAUAUGUAGUGACCCUGUAACGCCUUCCAUCUACGGCCACGGAUACGAUCACGUGAAAGCAGUUCUCGGCCCGCCUUUGGAAAGGGUGCCGCAAACUGCGCUACCGGUCAACCUCUUGCGGUUGUUACCAAGUGCGCAUGCACCAGUCUGCAUACUCCAUUCCGGUCAGGCCGCCCAGCUCCCCGUGGCGGACCUCACGGUCACGACUGCCACACCCACACACUUCGGACACCGUGUCACUCGCGACCGGAAGCGCACUCGUCCGACUGUCAACUUCCUCCAUCCUAUUUUUCUCAACCUCUGCACUGACUACAUUAUUCCUCCCACCUAA